AUGGCCAACUACUACAAAGUGUUGGGUGUGCGGUCGAGUGCCUCCCCUGAGGACAUCAAGAAGGCCUAUCGCAAGCUGGCCUUGCGCUGGCACCCUGACAAGAACCCCAACAACAAGGAGGAGGCUGAGAAGAAGUUCAAGCAGGUGUCCGAGGCCUACGAGGUCCUGUCUGACUCUAAGAAGCGUUCUGUAUAUGACCAUGCUGGCUGCGAUGGCUGGCGGGCUGGAGGAGGUGGCAACAUGCCCCACGGCAGCCCCUUUGGUGCUGGCUACCCCUUCCGCAACCCUGAGGACAUCUUCCGAGAGUUCUUUGGUGGCCUGGACCCCUUCUCCUUUGAUUUCUGGGACGCCCCGUUCAAUGAUCGUGGCUGGGUCCGUGGCUUGUGUGGGGCCUUCUCAUCAGGCUUCGGUGAGUUCCCAGCCUUCAUGGAAGCCUUUUCGUCCUUUGACAACCUGGGCCGAAGUGGGGGCAGUCGCACCACCUUCUCGUCCACCUCCUUUGGGGGCUCUGCUGCAGGCAGCUCAGGUUUCAAGUCAGUGAUUUCAUCCACGGAGAUGGUGAACGGCCGCAAGGUGACCACCAAGCGCAUUGUGGAGAAUGGCCAGGAACGCGUGGAGGUGGAGGAGAACGGGCAUCUCCGCUCAGUGACUGUCAAUGGCAAAGAGCAGCUCAAACGAGUGGGCAGCAAGUGA